GCACCGUCGUUACUGGUCACUACCAGCUCGUUGUUAGAGCGAUGUGUUGCCGCUGCUGCGGGCACGGCUACGCCGGAGCUGUUGUUUAGCUCAAAACAGGAGCUCAAAAUGUAUUAAAAAGGAGUCCCCAACAAAUUAAAAAACGACUAUUAAGGUAUCAGCCUACCUGUCAGUCUACAUAUUUACUUCAUCCUGAAUGAUGGUCCAGGAAAUCAACACAUAAGCAUGUUGUUGUGAAGAAAGACCAUAUUUGGGUAGGAUGCAGUCUUCAAACCACCGACUGCGAGAUAUGGAGCAGCACCACCCGCUGCUGUCGGCAGGUUCCGAUGUGGAGUCAGGGAGCCUGUCGGCCGAUGUCACGGUCGGGGGUCCCCAUGCCCAUACAGCAGGAAACCGCACACUGUGGUUUAUUCAGGACAGCUGUGGGAUGGUGUGUGCAUCCAUCACCUGGUUCCUGGUGCUCUACGCUGAAUUUGUGGUGAACUUUGUCAUGCUGCUGCCGAGCAAGAACUUCUGGUACUCCCUGCUGAACGGGGCCGCCUUCAAUUCUCUGGCUGUGCUUGCAUUGGCCUCACAUCUGCGUACCAUGCUGACUGACCCGGGUGCAGUUCCUAAGGGAAAUGCAACCAAGGAGUACAUGGAGAGCUUACAGCUGAAGCCCGGUGAGGUCAUCUACAAGUGCCCAAAGUGCUGCAGCAUCAAGCCUGAGAGGGCACACCACUGCAGUAUUUGUAAAAGAUGUAUCAGGAAGAUGGAUCACCACUGUCCCUGGGUCAACAACUGUGUGGGAGAAAAGAAUCAGAGGUUCUUUGUACUUUUCACUAUGUACAUAGCCUUGAUUUCGGCCCACGCCCUGGCCCUCAGCUGUAUGCACUUCUUCAGCUGUAUUAAAGUCCAGUGGAACGAGUGCAGCGACUUUUCUCCGGGGGUAUCUGUGCUGCUGCUGAUCUUCCUCUGUCUUGAAGCCAUCCUCUUCCUCACUUUCACAGCUGUAAUGUUUGGUACGCAGAUCCACUCCAUCUGCAAUGAUGAGACGGAGAUUGAACGUCUUAAAAAUGAGAAGCCUACUUGGGAGCGUCGCAUGAGAUGGGACGGGAUGAAAGCUGUGUUUGGGAGUCCACCCUCCGUGCUAUGGUGUAAUCCAUUCACAGGCCUGCGUCUGAGGCGCUUGUUGCUGUUGACACAAGGUCGCCGGGGCGGAUCUGAGUUUUCUGUCUGAGAGCAGGGCAGACUCAUGCCGCUAAACACUUAGUCCGCCUCUUGAGCGAUAUUUAUUUGUUUCCGGGGGAGCAGAGAUGAGCCUCUGCUCCCUGAGGCUGUUCUUCAUGUGUGGGUGACACAACUGACUGGCUGCUCCAGUGCAACACUACCACCACUGAAAGUUUGUCUUAUCACUUGCACAUGCUGAAAGUGACCCAACACCUUUGGUCUGCACGAGUACAACUGGAAUAUUGGUUUUAACAUGAGCAGCUUUUUUGGUUUCAGUGUGUGUUUUUAGGUAAAGCAUGCAGUUUUUAUUCCUGGUGAGACCUUCCAAGGUGUCAUUUGAGCUCAACUCAUGCACCUUGAGAAGACUGCUGCAGGAGUUAGAUCAUCACUAGACCAAGACAAGUCAAGUUAAAUGGCCGAAAGCUUGAAACUGUUUCAUGAACCCAGAUGAGGGAAUCGCAGUCAAGGACAUGCAUUACUUAAAUGGCACUUGAGGAGAAAGAUUGGAUAGUGCGCAGAGAGGACUUCACUAAAAGAACUGUGCCGCCUCGAUUUGCAUGUGUAACAGCUGGAUCAGUCGGUAUCUCAGCCUGAAAAUGAGCCUUUCACUAUGUUCGGACAGGAACAGGAAACUGUGAACACCUCGUUGUUAUUUGACAGGACUGAGUGUCUUUUCUUAUCUGCUCAUCUUCUUUGUCAUGUUUGUCUCCUCAAGCUGAAAUUGUUGAUUCUUUCUCUUUCGGCUACUUGGGCCAGUAGAAAUAUUUGUUUCCUCUGUUAACAACUGCCUCUUUAUCAUCACAGUGACCACAACUCAACAGUUGACUGUAGUGAUUCUCUGGAAAUAAAUACUUUUGUUUCAAAUCCUUAUUUGUGGGGGGGGGGGAAUCACAGUUUUGUAUUACUUGUUCAGUGUCUGUACAUGUGCUGUUCCUCCCCUCCUUCAUGCUGCUCCAAAUCCUAUUUUCAGCAAAUGAUCUAUCACUUGAUCCACUCAUAUGCCUCCUUGGGUUUUCAUAUCAGAGCAAUAUAGGUUGAACAACAUUACCUGCUGAAAAAACUGAAUGUUACUCAGUUUGAAUUUACUUGCACACCGUUUUUCCAAAUGUAAAGAACUUCUGUUUAUAGUCGGCAUCCAUAUGUAAGAGUAACAGUUGGAUAAAAAUUCACAGCAUUUAAACUCCUAGAAACAGCGACACAAAUCCCCUGAGUCGCAGCUAUGCCGGCUUUGCAUGCUCCUCUGCAAGGACCUGGUGCCACAUUUUGAAUAGCAGAACUGGAGACAUUAGCACAACCCCUUUUUUUGGCUCUCGUGAGCUCAUUUUGGUCUCAAGAGCCAGCCUCCAUUGUGCAGCCUGCCUGCAGAAUAACAAAGGAGAGGCUGAGGUAGCUGGCUCUAUACAAUCUUUAACUCUGAACAAAGUCUUAAGGAGCCCGGCGAAUGCUUCAGAGGCCUUUCCUACUUCACUCCAGAAAUGUCAGUCCUGUUACAUCUAGCAGAUUAUUUUAAUUUAUUCUUGCCUUCAGAUUGAAAUGAAAUUAUCAGCUUUUGUAUUGCCAUAUUUAUGAAAGUGUUCCCUCACUAUUUGACAGCUUGUCUCCCAUUUUGACAUAAUCAAUUGGCCUGUUUGCACUGAAAGGAUGAGACUUGUUGAAUCUACAGUUCAGGGUUUAACCUUAUGCUUGACUGGCAGGCUCUUAUUAUCAAAGUAUUGACAAAUCUAGAUUAUCCAAGUGUCAUUUUUUUUUUUUACUGCAUACUGCUUUUUGUUCUCAUCUGUGGUUGUCAGGAGAAGGAACUCAGUCUCCACUGUUUACACUAAAUGAUCAUAUCUGUUGCUGUAUGACUACAACAUGUACUUAGAAUGUAAAAGAUCUUUUUGUGGGGCUAAGUGACACAGCACUUCAGCCAACUGAUAUCAGGGGAUUUAUUUAAAGCUGUCCUCACAUGUCUAAUUGUAUUCUGCAGGACUGCAUCACUUUACCAACCAACACCUUUCUUGUUUUUUUCUAUCGGUAUAGUUUGGCCAAUAACCAUUUCUUUUUCUCAAUUCAGUAGCCCUUUGUUUGAACUAACCUUGAUUUCAAUUUUGUGUGUAAUACAGCAGAGUAAAUGUACACUUACCAUACACAAAGAAAAAUCCCAUUCAAGCUGUUGGUUUCAAUUAUACAUAGGAAAUGUCUGUCUGUUUGACAGUUUCACACAUACUUUUGUUCUAUUAAAAAAAUACUUUGCAGGUAUUGGUGGCAAACAAAACAUCCAGAGCCAGUGAGAGUUCUCUGAGUCCUAUAAUAGUAACAGUGGCAGUACUAACAAACAACUCAAACACUUAACUCUUAGAUGUAUUUGUAGGAAGUAGCAGAUCAUGGGCCAUUUGAAUUGAAGGACAUUGCUGCUGUCAAUAUUCAAUGGUGAAUGGUGUAUUUUGUGCAAUAAAUUGGGCUUGAUUCAUGUAAACAAGUACUUCGACAUAGGAUUUUCUUGAUUCAUAUCCCCUCUCUGAUGCUGUACGUUUAAAGAAUUGAUUUAGGAUUUUUUUUUUACAGGGUAUGUAGUUUGACAUUCAUCCUUAGUUAUUGAAUAAACAAACUCUUCAUUUAAAGAGUUGUACACAUUAUUGUGUGUUCAUCCCUACCUGCUGUUUGUCCUAAGCUAAUACAAUCACCAUUGGAGAGGAUUGUUUGACAGUGUGCAAAGUGGUGUAAAACAAUGCAAACUAUUCUGUCAAAGGCUUUUCUCCCAAAGCAGAAAAUGUAGGAUAAAGAACAUUUUGUGAUGUAUAGUUAUGACUCUGAGCACUAUGGUGAUGUGACUACAGACUUACAUUAACAUCUUCAUAUACAGUCGACAAAGGUUUUAUUUGCUACUCUCCUGAGAGAAUUUUUCCUUUAGGAGAAAGUCCAUCAAAUUUAUAACAAAGUAUAAAGGUUACUAUUAACAGUAUAUAAAUGGAAUGUUUUAUUCAAGUUUUUAAAUUGUGUCAUGAUCUUAUGUCAUAUCUUUAAUGUCAUUCUUUUACAUAAUAAAGUUGAUUACAUUAAAGCUA